UCCUGGCAGAUAGCUCACACGGAGGGUUCCCCUUGCAGGCAGAACACCGGCGCCAUGCGAGAGUUUAGCCUGCUGCUCCUCUUUUGGGGGUGCUGUGGCAUCUGCAGAGGGGUGUCACCCAGUCCACUUGGGGCAGACCUCACCUCGACGGGUGUUGGUGGGUGUGUGGAUUCCAGCAUGUGCCCAGAUCAUGCCACCUGCCACAACAUAACCUCGGGGCGUUACUACUGUGAAUGCAAGCAGGGCUAUCAGCCCAGCAACAGACAAAACCGCUUCGUAGAGCUGGGAGUGACGUGCCAAGAUAUCAACGAGUGCUCCCAAAACCCCACACCCUGUGGGCCUCACUCCGAGUGCAGAAACAUACGGGGAAGGUACAAGUGCAGCUGUCUGCCUGGCUUCUCCUCGCCCACUGGCAACAACUGGGUCCCAGGCAAGCCAGGCAAUUUCAGUUGCACAGGUAAUAUUGACUCACAGGCGGGCGGGGUUCUGGGGCUCCGCCGGGUCUGCACGCUGGGCACGGUCACCCUCCUUGCUCUUCCCCUCUGGGCCUGUCCAGACAUCGACGAAUGCCUUAGCAAUAGGACCUGCCCCAGGGAGUCCGACUGCAUCAAUUCUGCAGGAAGCUACACUUGUCGUUGUCACAAUGGCUUUGUCUUUCGCAAUUCUGCCUGUCAAGACAUAGAUGAAUGCAAGGCGAUCCAACCCUGCCCUGAGCACGCCAUCUGCCACAACACAGUCGGAAGCUACCAUUGUGUUUGCAAGCAGGGAUUCGACGCCACAAGUGGCCAAGUCCUUUUCAAGGGCCUGGGAGAAUUGUGUGAAGACAUUGAUGAGUGUUCCAAAAACCGUACCAUCUGUGGUGCCAACUCUGUGUGCAGUAACACAGUGGGAGGGUACAACUGUUCCUGUAUGCCUGGCUUCCUCCCGACCGGCGUCUGGACCCACCGGGACUUCAAGGCAUUGAAAUGUACAGACGUGGAUGAGUGCUCCGACAGGUGCCCCCGGAACUCGGUCUGCACCAACACUCCUGGCAGCUACUUCUGUGCUUGCCACCCUGGCUUCGCCCCCAGCCACGGACAGCCGAGGUUCCAGCAUGGAGAAGCGGACUGUCACGACACGGAUGAAUGCCUCCUGGGUCCAAACCCCUGUGGCCCCAACUCCAUCUGCACCAACACACUGGGCUCCUACAGCUGCACCUGUGCCCUGGGCUUCUGGCCGGAAAGCUCCCAGGGACACGGCAACAUCAGGUGUAAAAAGGCUCCCUUCAAGUGCAGGAAUGACGUGGACUCUCUCGGCAAGUGGGAGCAGCAAUGCCACGCAGCAGCCAUGGACCCACAAGAUGCCGCUUACUGCAGGCUCAUGACCGCCACCUUGGGCGUGUUGGACAGCAGCUGUGAGAACAAAACCACCGCAGCGACACUGAAGAUGGCAGCCGACAACCUCACCUCUGUGCUUGAGCAGACAUCCAAGUGGUCCAGCAACUUCACCAGGGAGGAGGCGUCCACCCUGGCCACGGCCUUGCUGGAAAGCACGGACAGCAGCAUCCAGGCGGCCCUCCUGCUCCCCUCCGCCUCUGGGAACCACAGCCAGACCAUUCGCACGCCGGGCUUGGAUCUUGAGAGCAAAGUUGUCGUGGGAGGAUGCCAGGAAAAGGAUGUUCUGUUCAACCUGAAGGCCAAAGGAGAUGCUAUGACAAUCAGCUGUUCUACCGUCGAGGAGUCGGGGUCCACGGGCAGAGCCGGCGUGGCUUUCGUUUCUUUCGUGGGUCUGGAAUCUCUUAUGGACGAACGCUUCUCCCGAGACCUCUGGGACUUCUCUGCGCGCGGACUGAAGAUGAACACCCGGGUUGUGAGCGGCAUCCUGACCGGGGAGAAGAAAAAUGGCUUCGGGAAAGAUGUACUCUACAGACUCGAAAGCAUCCAGCCAAAGCAAAAGCAUGAGACCCCCCUUUGUGUUUCCUGGCUUGCCGAUGAGGAUGGUGGAAGAUGGACUCACUCUGGCUGUUCUAUUCUGAAUGAUUCCGAGACGCACACCGUCUGUCGCUGCAGACACAUCACCAACUUGGCGGUCAUCAUGGCCCCUCGGGAGGUCACGGUGGACUUUACCUUGUACGUCAUCAGCCACGUGGGCAUUCUCCUGUCCUUGCUGUGCCUCGCCCUGGCCGUCGUCACCUUCCUGCUCUGCCGCUCCAUCCGCAACCACAACACCUACACGCACGCGCACCUGUGCGCCUGCCUCUUCUUGGCCAAGCUGCUCUUCCUCAUCGGCUUCGACAAGACUGACCCCCAGCUGGGCUGCUCGCUCAUCGCUGGCGCUCUGCACUACCUCUUCCUCGCCUGCUUCUCCUGGAUGCUGUUGGAGGCCAUCACACUCUUCCUGACGGUCAGGAACCUGCAAGUGGUGAAUUACUUCGGCACCCGCCACAUUAGGAUGCUGCCCCUGUGUGUCUUCGGCUACGGGUUGCCAGGGCUGGUGGUGGCUAUCUCCGCCAGCGUGAAGCCGAGUGGCUAUGGGACCGAUAAUAGCUGUUGGCUGGAGAAGGAGUCAGGGUUUGUAUGGAGCUUCCUGGGCCCGGUGUGCACCAUCAUAGUGGUCAACUCCAUCCUGCUGACCUGGACGCUGUGCAUCCUGCGGCAGAAGCUUGGCAGCGUCAACACUGAAGUCUCCACACUCAGGGACACCAGGCUGCUCACCUUCAAGGCUUUUGCCCAGCUCUUCAUCCUGGGCUGCUCCUGGGUGCUGGGCCUUUUCCAGAUCGGAUCCGCAGCAGUUGUCAUGGCUUACCUGUUCACCAUCAUCAACAGCUUCCAGGGCGUCCUCAUCUUCCUCAUCCACUGCCUGCUCAACCGCCAGGUUCGAGAACAGUACCGGCGAUGGUUCUGCAGGCAGACCGCGACCAUGUCCCAGUCCCAGACCGCAGGCACGGUCCUGAUGUCCACACUGUCCUCUUCCAAAAUGAGUUGAAAUCCUCUCCUGCUUUUCAACGCACCGUGGGGGACCCUUGGCCGACGGGCCGAACUUCCUGGGACACGAGAGCCCACCACUGCUGCCUGGAAGACCCUGUGGUUUGGGGCCUGGGUUGGGCUGAGCUGCUCCGGCGAGAAGCCAGCCUUCUGCUCUUGUGGGGCCUCCCUUCUCCCCCUCUUGGGUUCUGCAACUUGGGGUUUUUGCAAACAUGGCACUUGCAGGCAACGCCCAGCGUCUACAGCCGCCAUCUUGGCUUUCUUCUCUGCAAAUGUGGGGGGCGUGGCCUGCCCUGUCUGCACCUGUUCCCACCUGAUCCGGCACCCUCAUCACCUGUGGUCCACUGUCUGCUGUCUCGCUGAGCCAGGCUGAUGCGCUUCCUGCUUCCAUCCUGCCCAGCUGGCUAGGAGCCACCCACCACCCCCUCCUGUGUCAGCUUCCUUAGGAUUCACUCUGCCCACAAAGAUACGGCCGUCCAUCCUGAACCCCUGGAGAGCUUUAGGCAGAUACCAGCGCCAGCUGGGACCCUCCCAGUCCUGCCCAGGGAGUGGGCGCAUGGAAGAAGAGUACCGAGAACCAUUUGCCGGAGGGUUAGACCGGAGGAAAGACCUGCUUGAGAGCUAGUCUUGCCGAACUGAAACCCGUAUGCAUUGUCCUCCUGACGUCUGGAGAGAUGCGAUGAUCUGAAAACCACUGUUCUAGAACCUUUUCCCAUUG